AUGCUUCUUCACCUGCUUGUAUUUACUUCACCCUUUCUCCACCCUUUUAAAUUCACCAUAAUUCGUCCUCUGAGCCAAACACCUUCACUUGUUCACUCUCACUUUUUCUCAUUUGUUACUUGUCUCCAAAAAACCAGAGAUGGGGAGACAAACAAGCCAGCAAGCUUCUCUCUUCCUGUGUCUUCUGGUAGCUGGGAUACUCUCUCAGAACUUGCUCAAUCCUGUAAUGUCUCAGAGCUUUGAAGAUCAAAAGAACUAUUACUCUCCAGACCCUCAUGCAGGAACUCCCCCAACAGGCUAUCAAGGGACUCCUCCGUCACACGGAGGUGGCUACACCCCUACACCAUCACAUGGAGGUGGCUACACCCCAACUCCAUCGCAUGGAGGUGGCUACACCCCAACACCAUCGCAUGGAGGUGGCUACAACCCUACACCAUCGCAUGGAGGUGGCUACAACCCAACUCCAUCGCAUAGAGGUGGCUACACCCCAACACCAUCGCAUGGAGGUGGCUACACUCCCACACCUUCAACACCUUCAGGUGGAAACUGUGGGGCCCCACCACAUGAACCGUCAACUCCAUCAACACCGUCAUAUACUCCCUCUCCUCCACAUGGCGGCGGUGGAUAUUACGACUCCCCUCCACCUUCGGGUGGCAGCAGUCCUCCAACGCCAGUCUAUGUCAACCCACCAACCACUCCGCACAUUGAUCCAGGAACUCCAGUCACUCCUACACCUCCAUUCUUUCCUGCCCCAAGUGGACCAUUCGGUGGUACAUGCGAUUUCUGGAGGAAUCACCCUGGGCUGAUAUGGGGGGUGCUGGGUUGGUGGGGCACAGUGGGUAGCGGCUUUGGAGUGACCAGCAUCCCCGGCUUCGGGGCCAACAUGAGCCUUCAGCAAGCACUUUCAAACACACGCCAUGAUGGGAUUGGUGCACUUUACAGAGAAGGGACAGCUUCCUUGCUCAAUUCCAUGGUGAACAACAGGUUUCCCUACACUACCAAGCAAGUGAGGGAGAAUUUUGUUGCAGCACUUGGUUCUAACAGAGCUGCAUCAGCUCAGGCACAGCUCUUCAAGCUUGCCAAUGAAGGCCGCCUCAAGCCCAGGGCUUGAAACAACACUUUUGAUUAGUCUACAUUUAUCAGUUAAUUUGUUGAAGCAUUUGAUCUAUCUGCAGUUUGACUAUCUGUUAUUUAGAUUAUUAUUAAUUAAGUGUUUGUGUUAAUGGCUCUAUGGUAUCUGUAAUGCUACAGUUUAAUUUGGAUAGAUACUGAGUUCUAAAGAUUGUUAUGAUGUUUUGUUACUUGUUAGCGUUAAAUAAGACUAAGGAUCCCAU